AUGAGCGGUCGCGAUGAUCUUGCUGCGCCACCUGCACUCGGCACUGCUUUGCUACUCAUGGGUGUGGAGCGCGUCGGCGUCCCGGGCGGCGGCGGGGCGGCGCUCAAUGGCGGCACGCCGCCCGCGGCCAGCGUGCCGCCGCCCGACCGCCCCGACGAGCCUCCUCGCAAACGCCCCAAGCUGCCCUCCGUCGAUGACAUCGCCGCCCUGCGUCGCCGCAUCAUCGAGUGCGAGCUGCUACGUCUGAGGAAUCUGCGAGAAAGGUUCACCGAGCAACUGAGCGAGCUGUACUUUCUGCAGGCGGGCGGCAAUAUGAUGGACUACGCGGUGUGGCGCAAGCGGCCGCCUGCGCCGCAGCUGGUUACGUUCCUGGAGGCGCGUCGGCCGGCGGCCGUGAGCGCGCUGCCCUCCCCGCCUCCCGCGCCGCCCGCCGCGCCGCCCCCCGCGCCCUCGCCCGCCGACGAGAUGGUAGAGAAGGCCAAGCAGGAGGCCUACGUGGCGUCCCGCGUGGCCGAGCUGGCGCGCGCGGGGCUCUGGACCGAGCGGCGCCUACCGCGCGUCAUGGAGCCGCCGCGCCCCAAGUCGCACUGGGACUACCUCCUGGAGGAGAUGGCAUGGCUCGCGCAGGACUUCGCCCACGAGCGCAAGUGGAAAAAGCAGGCAGCAAAAAAGUGUGCUCGAGCUGUACAAAAGUAUUUUCAAGACAAGGCAGCGGCGGCACAAAAAGCGGAAAAAGCGCAGGAGCUGCAAUUGAAAAAAAUCGCUGCAUUCGCUGCAAGAGAAAUACGAACAUUUUGGUCGAAUGUAGAAAAGCUGGUGGAGUGGAAGCGCGUGAGGCGAGUCGAACGGGCUCGUAAGGAGGCUCUGGACGAGCAGCUCAGUUACAUCGUGGAUAAGACCGAGAGAUAUUCGCGGCAGCUCGCCGCCAACUUGCACGCGCCCGCCGCCGCGCCCCCUCUGGACACCCCCCCCUCCGACGAGGAGUUCGAGCCUCGCGACGAUUCCGACGACGACGAGGAGACUAUCGCCGCCGCCGAACGGGAGGUGCAACACGAGCCCGACGAGCUCGAAGAGCUGCGGCGCGACUCGAAUCUGGCGCUCGGCGACCUGCUGCCGCCCGGCUACCUCGCCGCGUCGCCGCCGCCGUCCGACUACGGGCCCGACGAGGACGAGUCCGCCGACGACGAGAGCACGAUCGCGGCGCAGGAGAGCUUAGAGCGCGAGCGUGACUCUGCCGUCGACCCCGAAGCAGAACUCGAGGUGCUGCGGCGCGACGCCGACGUCGACCUGGACGAACUGCGCCGACGCUACGCCGCGCCGCCGCCCGCCUCCGAUCACAGCGGUCGCACCAGCCGCUCCUCGUCCGCCACGCCCUCCGACUCGUCGUCGUCGGAGGCGGAGGACGCGGCCGCGCUGGAGGCGCUCAUGGAGGAGGCGCCGGCGGAGGCGGCGGAGGGCGGCGAGCGGCGCGUGGAGGCGGCGGCGUCGCUGGCGGCGUCGCUGCAGCCCACGGGCACGACGCUGUCGGAGACGGCCGUGGGCACGCCGGUGCCGCGCCUGCUGCGCCACGCGCUGCGCGAGUACCAGCACGUGGGGCUGCACUGGCUCGCCACCAUGUACGCGCGCGGCCUCAACGGCAUCCUGGCCGACGAGAUGGGGCUGGGCAAGACCGUGCAGACCAUCGCGCUGCUGGCGCACCUGGCGCUCGAGCGCCACGACUGGGGCCCGCACCUGGUGGUGGCGCCCACGUCCGUGGUGCUCAACUGGGAGAUGGAGUUCAAGAAGUGGUGCCCCGCCUUUAAAAUACUGACUUAUUACGGCACCAUAAAGGAGCGCAAAAUGAAACGUGUGGGUUGGACUAAAGCGAACUCGUUCCAUGUGUGUAUCACCUCGUACAAACUCGUAGUGCAGGACCAUCAAAGUUUUCGUAGAAAACGGUGGAAAUAUCUAAUACUCGACGAAGCACAGAACAUUAAAAAUUUCAAAUCUCAAAGGUGGCAGAUGUUAUUGAACUUUCAAACAGAGAGGCGGCUGUUGCUGACGGGUACGCCGCUUCAAAACAGUUUGCUGGAGCUGUGGUCUCUCAUGCAUUUCCUUAUGCCUGACGUGUUCGCGUCGCACUCGGAAUUUCGCGAAUGGUUCAGCGAAGUGGGCGGCAUCGCCGAGGGCUCCGCGCGCUACAACGAGGCGCUCGUGCGUCGCCUCCACGAGGUGCUGCGGCCCUUCCUCCUGCGCCGCCUCAAGCUCGACGUGGAGCGACAGAUGCCGCGCAAGUACGAGCACGUGCUCAUGUGCCGGCUCUCCAAGCGCCAGCGCUUCCUCUACGACGACUUCAUGGCGCGCGCCAAGACUCGCGAGAGCCUCGCGUCGGGCAACCUGCUCAGCGUCAUCAACGUGCUGAUGCAGCUCCGCAAAGUGUGCAACCACCCCGACCUGUUCGAGCCGCGGCCCGUGUCGUCGCCGUUACAGCUGCCGGCGCUGCGCUACCGCGUGCCCGCGCUCGCGCUCGACGCGGGCGUCCCCGAGCGCGCGGAGCUGGCGGCGCGCCUCGGCGGCGACCUCGCCACGCUCGAGGCCGAGGGCGCCGGCGCCUUCGCGGCCCACCGCGCUCGCCACCUGGCGCCUCCGCGCCGCCUCGUCGAGGAGCUCACCGAGCACGAGCGCCGCGCCCCCCCUCCGCGCCCGCCACCCGCGUCGCUGCGCUUACAUCUACGGCUCGUGCCGCGCGCUCCCCCGCGUAUCGCCGCCCCGCCGCCCCUCCCGCCCCCGGUGACGCUGUCGACGCCGGGCAGGCCCGCCGCGAGCCCGGCCGCCGCGGCCCCGGCGCCGGGCCCGGCGGGCGCGCCGGCCGCUCCGGCGGCGCGCUUGGAGGCGCGGCGUCGCGCGUGCCUGCGGCGGCUGGCGAGCGCCAACGAGCGGCGCUGCUGGCGCCUGCCGCUGUUCGGCGCGGACCUGCGCGCGGCGGUGAGCGCGGGCGGCCCGGCGCUGCCGCCGCGCGACGUGGCCGACUUGCUCGACGAGUUGCAUCCUCUCAUCGACAGGUUCUGCGUGUGCUGGGCCGGCGCGCGCGCCGCGGCCCCCGCGCUGGUGGCGGGCGGCGGCGCGAGCGCGCGCGGCUGGCGGCGCCGCGCCUCCCUCGCCGCGCGCGCCGCCGCGCCCCACGCGCGCGCGCUGCUGGCGCUGCUGCACGCGCCCGCCGCCAGACACGCCGUGGCCUUCCCGCACCCCUCGCUGCUGCAGUACGACUGCGGUAAGCUUCAAACCCUGGACGGGCUGCUUCGGCGACUGAAGGCGGGCGGGCACCGCGUGCUUAUCUUCACGCAAAUGACGCGCGUGCUGGACGUGCUGGAAGCCUUCCUGUCUCUGCACGGCCACACCUACCUUCGCCUGGACGGCGCCACGCGCGUAGACCGGCGCCAGCCGCUCGUCGACCGCUUCAACGCCGACCCGCGCGUCUUCGCCUUCAUCCUGUCCACGCGCAGCGGCGGCGUCGGCCUCAACCUCACGGGCGCCGAUUCCGUCGUGUUCUACGACUCGGACUGGAACCCCACCAUGGACGCGCAGGCCCAGGACCGCUGCCACCGCAUCGGCCAGACGCGCGACGUGCACGUGUACCGCCUCGUCACCGCCGCCACCGUGGAGGAGAACAUCCUGCGCAAGGCCGAGCAGAAGCGUGCGCUCGGCCACCUCGCCAUAGAGGGCGGCCACUUCACCACCUCCUACCUGCGCGGGUCUAACAUCAAGGAGCUCUUCGGGGCGGAAGCGUCGGACGGCGCCGAGGCUGGCUGCACUCCCGAAGCGGGAGCCGGCGUCGAGCUCGAAUCCGCUCUCGCGGCCGCCGAAGACGAGGCCGACGCCGCCGCCGCUCAGGCGGCGCGCGCCGAGGCCCAGGGGGACCUCGCCGAGUUCGACGAGACUCUGCCGCUAGAGGACGAGCCUCGGGCGCGUCCCGCCGACCCCGACGAUCUCGCCGCGCUGAUGAACCAGCUGACGCCGAUCGAGAAGUACGCGAUGCGGCUGGUGGAGAGCAGCGAGGCGGCCACGGCGGCGGAACGCGCGGCGCUGGGCGAGAUGCGGCGCCAGCUGCACGAGUGGGAGGAGGCGCGGCGCCAGCUGCGCAGCGAGUCGCCGGGCGCCGCGCCGCGGGCCGCCACGCCCGAGCUGACGUACGGGCGCGAGGAGGCGCGCGCCAAGUUAUGGGUGAGCGCUUCCGGGACUCACGAACGCAUGCCGAUAUGGUGCCCGCCGACCCCUCCGUCCGGCGACGGCGACGUGUACUGCGAGAGCUGGGCGCGCGCGCUGUACCGGCGCGGAGCCGCCGCCGACUCGCUCCUGCCCGCCGUGCACCGCCGCGAGCCUCGCGCCGCCCGCUCCCCGCGCCGCGCGCGCCCCCCGCCGCGCGCCCCGCACGCGCCGCUCUCGCUGUUCGAGCGCGCCGGGCCUCGCCCGCGGCCCCGCGCGCGUCCGCCCGCCCACGCGCACGCGCACCCUCACCCGCACGCGCCCGCGCCCGACUGGAGCGGCGGCGAGGACGCAGCGCUGCGGCGCGCGCUGCGCCUGCAGCACCUGCCCGCCGAGCCGCCCGCCGCUCUGGCGCCCAACUGGGAGUGGGCGGCCGAGCUGGUGGCGGAGGCGGCUCGGGCCUACCGCUCGCCGCGCGCCUGCCGCGACCGGCACGACGCGCUCGCCGACCCGGAGCGCGCUCGGCGACGACACCGCCGCCCUCCGGCCGCGCGGCGCCGCGCCGACGACGACGCCCCGCGGCCGCCGCUGGCGCGACUCGAGGCGAUGCGCGACGCCGCCGAGCGUCGUCGUGCGGCGCCCAAGCGCCGCCUCGAGGAGCCGCACCAUCACAACCCGAAACACGCGGCGUUGCUCGUCGACCACGGCGUGGACCUCGACGCGCCUCCCACUCCGAUGGAAGUGGCCUCGCGCCGCGCCGAACGCAUCGCCAAGGAGAAGCUGAAGGCGGGCACCGCGACGGGCGCGGGCGCGGGCCCCGCGGCGGCGGGCGCGGUGGCGGCGCCGCAGCGCGUGGUGGUGGCGGCGCCGGCGGGCGGCAGCAGCAAGGCGGAGCUGCCGCGGCGCGUGCGGCCGGCGCAGGAGGGCGCGCGCGGGCCGGCGCCGGCGCAGGGCGCGCAGCCCGCGGCGCAGCUGCUGUAUCGCCAGCAGACGUUCCCCGCUCGCCAUCUAAAGAUCCUUCACCAGACGGCCGCCACCCACGCUCAGGCGCCGGCGACGAGCGCAGCCGCGACGGUGGAGGGCGCGCCCGCGCUGCGCAAGCUGCAGCUGCAGCAGCUCGCCCUGCGCCGCGCCGCGCCCGCCGCGCCCCCCCCGCGCCUGCUGCCGCCCGCCGCGCACCGCGCGCCCUCGCACGUGGUGGUGGCGCACCUGGCGCACCACCCGCCGCACGCGCCGCACGCGCCGCACCCGCCGCGCGCCCCCGACCCGAGACAAUAA